AUGCUUCUCGAUAGGACGUCGCUCGAUUACAAUGGUUUGCAGAUUUCUAGUCUAAACAAGUGGGCCAGCGGCCCCUGCGGGGAACUCCUACAGACACGACAACAUAUCCUGGCAGAAUGCCCACAAUACGAGGAGCACCGCUACCUACUCCGUGACGCAUCCCGCGGCCUCUCGCUCCCGGUUCUAUUGGGAACGAAGAAGGGGAUCGCAGCCCUCACGGAAUUCAUAGCGGCGUCCGGCGCAUUCACCAAAACCGGUGCACCCCGUGCACCUCCAUCACUCCCUACCUGGGAGCAGGAACCCGAGGUACGACAGGACGACGAGAACGGCGAGGAUGGAUAG